ACGAGUGAAUGGAUCAAAGGAGAGGGAAAAAAAGUGAAAUGAGCUUUUGUUGUCAACAAGUGUAAAUUUUUUUUUGCACGCGUCGAAUUUAAAGCUUUAAUCAAAGCACGCAAUAAAAAUCAGCAAAGACUCGAAGAGGGUGUCGGAUCGUAUUUUGCGCGAAAAAAAAGGAAAAGAAAAGAACUACUUGAGAAAAUUGUGAAAGCAGAGAGAAGAUUAAUGUCAUUGAAGGUACUUUAGAGCGUGUUUCGUAUUAAAAAAAAAAGUAAAUAAAGACGCGCUAAGAGGUUAAUUCGAUACUGUUGAGAAAUUGAUCGAGAUUCGGGCGAAAGGUGCUUCGUUAGGGAUGGGGGCGGCUUCGUAGACAAAUGCCCCCAUUCCCGCAGGCGUCACGAAACUUUAUGGAUCCAUCGGCAGAGCUGUUGCAGUACAUUGACGCAGAUCAGGACUACAGCGCCGCCCUCGGUGAAUCCGCGAACGACAUCGAUCUCGGCAACAACGCCUCGACCCUUUGGCCCAGUUCGACGGAACUUUUUUACUCUACCGUGCUCUCAGACUCUACAACGACGCUCAACCUUACGGUGUAUUCGGGCACGACAACAGCGAUCGUCGCAGCGCCCUCCGAAGAUCCGCCCGCCAUUCCCGAUCUGCCUUCCGUGUCGCACAUCAUCGUGAGCGUCGUGCUGCUCGCCGUGAUUCUCGGCACGAUAAUUGGCAAUGUGCUCGUGUGCGUUGCUGUUUGUCUCGUGCGCAAGUUGCGACGUCCCUGCAACUAUCUGUUAGUGUCGCUCGCGGUUUCGGAUCUUUGUGUCGCUGUGCUCGUUAUGCCAACCGCCUUGCUCUACGAAGUGAUCGAAGAAUGGAAAUUCGGACCCGUUUUCUGUGACAUUUGGGUUUCGUUCGACGUGCUAUCGUGCACAGCUUCAAUUCUCAAUCUUUGCGCCAUUUCUGUCGAUCGGUAUCUGGCGAUCACAAAACCGCUCGAAUAUGGCGUCAAACGUACGCCGAAACGCAUGAUGCUCAAUGUGGCGUUCGUUUGGCUCGGAGCGGCUUGUAUUUCGCUUCCGCCCUUGCUCAUUUUGGGCAAUGAACACACGGAGGAUGGGAAACCCGCGUGCAUUGUGUGUCAGAAUUUCGGCUAUCAGAUAUAUGCCACGCUUGGCUCAUUUUAUAUCCCACUAACUGUGAUGCUAUUUGUAUACUAUCAAAUAUUUCGUGCUGCCAGACGAAUCGUUAUGGAUGAGAAACGCGCACAAACUAGGCUAGAAAAUGCGAUAAAUGGCGGCGCAAAUGCCGCCGGGCAACAGCAACAGGAGAAAUCUCUCACGGGAAGCGGGAAUGUCGUUGUGACAAACGCGUCGCCGCAUCACAAGAAGCUACGUUUUCAACUGGCGAAGGAGCGGAAAGCAUCGACAACGCUUGGCAUUAUCAUGUCAGCUUUCACUGUUUGUUGGUUACCGUUCUUCAUUCUCGCUCUCGUUCGUCCAUUGCUCGGAGAGGAAUAUCAUUUGCGAACACUGACAUCCGUCUUUUUGUGGUUAGGUUAUGCGAAUUCGCUCCUGAAUCCCAUCAUCUAUGCCACGCUAAAUCGCGAUUUUCGAAAACCCUUUCAAGAAAUCCUCUACUUUAGAUGCUCUAGUUUAAAUAUAAUGAUGCGCGAAGACUUUUAUCACAGUCAAUAUGGCGAGCCGCCAAGUCAACGGGUAGUGUUAGGCAAUGAAGGGCAGGGGGCUCGCGAAAGUUUCCUCUGAAAUUUUGAGUAAAUGACUUUGUCUUCUGUUUCACAUUGCACACAUAAACACACAUACAUACACAUGAGCACGCAAAAUUUUUCAUAAAAAAAUUAUUUUUUGAAAGGA